CAUAUGCUUGAUGCGAUGUAUGGUUGAACCCUUACCAGCUACGUGCACCUCACUGCCUUGAGCUCCUGGGCUGAGUAAUUCUCGUUGACCUCUUCUCGGACCUCCGUGAUGCGCACCAGCCUUCGUCAAGGCGAUGUUCAGAAUUCAUUAUUGCCGUGCGGACUCUUUGGCUUCGGGCGUGGGCAGGCGCCGCUCAAUCUAGGCUCGAGCGGAUGUUUUCGAUCUCCGACGCGGGACGCUGCGGGGAACGCUCGAUGGAACAUGCGGAGGCGAAAAGUGGCGACGGCCUCAAUCACAAUCUCCCUUGAGCCCCGCCCUGUAUGUGAGAGCCGGCGGGCGGCCGCGAAUCCGCCUACCGUGGGUCGCGGCAGCAGCCCGGACCAAGCAACGAGGGUCAACAACUUUGAUCGAUCGGCUCCCGGUCGAACUCGCGUUAAAGCGCACAAAGCUUUCCUAAGACGUACGGAAGGAGUACAGCCUCUGGGCACGAAAGUUUGACUUGGGGCAGAGGUGGACGAGGCGGGCAGCAGCUCGAUCUGAGGUGAUCCUGGCUAGGCCUCGACGAUCUUUACGGAGGAGGGUCGAGGGGCUCGACACCGUCGGCAAUCGAAGGGCGCAUCAGAUCAAUGGAAAGAGGGGCUGUGUGCUCUGCUCUGCGUCAUCUUUACACACCGAGAGCUGG